AUGCACAGCGAUAAUGGCACAAACUUUAUUGGCGCCAACUGCGAACUAAUGAAGAGUUUCAAACAGAUGUCCAAAUCUCGAGAUGUCGGGUCAUAUAUGGCCACUUCAUUCAUCAACUGGCAUCUAAUCCCACCAGGUGCACCACAUUUCGGCGGAAUUUGGGAGUCCGCAGUUAAAGCAACGAAAUUUCACCUCCGACGUGUUUUAGGCGAAACUAGGCUCACUUACGAAGAAUUUGCUACCUUACUUUGUGAAAUCGAGGCACAACUCAAUUCUCGGCCUCUCACAGUUCUUUAUGAUGACGACGUUGACAAUAUCAAUGUUUUAACACCGGGUCAUUUUUUAAUUGGCCAACCACUGGUACAAGUAGCUGAACCUGGGCUCGAACACGUUCAAAUGAAUCGAAUCUCUCGAUGGCAGCUUCUCACGCGUUUGCAACAAGAAUUUUGGCAUCGCUGGCAGCGUGAAUAUCUCACUACACUACAGCAGCGAGCCAAGUGGUAUAAAGAAAAACAAAAUCUAAAGCCUGGAGCAGUUGUCCUGGUUUAUGAAGAACGUGCUCCACCAUCGUGCUGGCAAAUGGGUCGAGUUACUGAUGUGCACCCGGGCAAAGACAAUUUGGUGCGCGUAGCAACAAUUAAGACAUCUCAUGGGUCGAUAAAGCGCCCCGUUACUAAAUUAUGCAAGCUUCCUACUGAGGGUUAA